UUACACGUAUUAAAUGUCUUUGAAGUUCGAGAUAAAGAAGAAGCACGUUGCUCGUUCAGAAAGAGUUAAGAGUGUAGAGUUGCAUCCAGAAUACGCAUGGGUAUUAUCAGGAUUAUAUAGCGGUGUUAUUACAAUUCAAGAUUAUGCCACAUAAGUAUAUCAAUUAUAUAAUUAGACUAUUGUGAAAUAAAUAGAGGUCAAUUAAAAACAGUAGCCUGUCAGAUGUGCAAAGUUUAUAACAAAGAAAUAGUGGGUAGUGGCUGUGAGUGAUGAUCUUCAAUUGAGAGUAUUCAAUUAUAAUACAAAUGAAAAGAUUAAAGUAAAAUGAAGUUAAUAGCUAGGCAUUCGACGCUCAUACUGAUUAUAUUAGAUGUGUGAUUGUACAUCCAUCUUAGCCAUAUUUAAUAACAAGCUCAGAUGAUACUACAAUAAAAUUAUGGGACAUUGAUAAUAAUUUUACAUUGAUAAGAACAUUCGAAGAUCAUGUAAAUUAUGUAAUGAUGGUUGCAUUCAAUCCAAGAGAUCCUAACACAUUUGCAAGUGCAAGUAUGGAUAACACAGUAAAGGUGUGGACAAUCCAGAAUAGCAAACCUAAUUUCACAUUGACUGGUCAUGAAGGUGGAGUAAAUUGCGUUGAUUUUCAUCAUGGAGAUAAACCUUAUCUUAUAUCAGGUGGAGAUGAUAGAUCUAUUAAAAUAUGGGAUUACCAAACCAAAUAAUGCAUACACACCUUAGAAGCACAUCAAUAAAACAUAUCAUCAGCUAAAUUCCACCCAGAUUUGCCACUCAUUAUUUCAAGUAUCUCUAAUUCAAUAUUAUUUAUAGCUGCCGAAGACGGAGUCAUUAGAUUCUGGCAUUCAAAUACCUAUAAGUUAGAAACAUCACUCAAUUAUAAUAUGGAAAGAGUUUGGAGUUUGGAUAUAGGAAAAGAUAAUACAUUGGCCUUUGGUUUUGAUGAAGGAACUGUUGUUGUUAAGAUCGGUUAGGAUGAACCCAUUGUUUCUAUGCAAUAAGGAAAGGUCGUCUAUGGUAAGAACUUUGAAUUCUUUACAAUCAAUCUCAAAGCCAUUAAUAACACAUCAAAUGACGGAUAAGUUGUGUAGACAAAUUCCAAAGAACUGGGAAUAAGCGAUAUCUAUCCCUGCGGUGUCAGACAUAGUCCAAAUGGCCAUUUAUUUGCGAUUUUCAGUGACUCUGAAUACACUAUAUACAGAUCACAGAACUUUAAGAACUCAGGUUUCGGAUCUGGUACAGAUUUAAUUUGGUCAUCCAAUGGGGAUUAUGCUGUCAGGGAAAUGUAUUCCAUCAAAAUAUUCAAAAACAACACUUUGAGUUACGAAAUGAAAACAGACUAUAUGGUUGAACAAUUAUUUGCUGGACCUGUGUUGGGUGCAAGAAGUUCUGAUUUUAUUAUAUUUUACGAUUGGGAAACAGCCAAAGUUAUCAGAAGAAUUGAUGUCUCUCCCAAAAAAGUAAUUUGGAAUGAUACAAAUACAAUUGCUGCAUUGGCAACUAAUGAGGAAGUGUAUUUCUUACAAUAUGAUCCAGAACAAUUACCAAUCUUUUUACAACAAGAGGAAGAACCUGAUGGUUUUGAAGAUGCCUUCUAACCUUUAUGUGAUAUAACCGAAUCUAUCAACUCUGGAUAUUUCAUUUAAGAUGUCUUCUAUUAUACCACGUUGAAUGGCAAAAUCGCAUACUCAGUUAAUGGAAAGGUAUUCAUUGUCGACCAAGAUAAAAGGUAUUUCAUUAUUGGUUACAUUCAACAAUAAAAUAAACUCUAUCUCAUAGACAAAAACUAUACUAUUAUUAGUUAUGAAGUUAAUAGCAAUGUGGUUGAAUUUCAAACUUAAAUUCUUAAGAAAUAAUAUCAAAAGGCAGAAGAAAUCCUAUAAUCCAUUCCACUUCAAUACUAUGACAAAUUGUCCAAGUUUUUAGACACUCUUAAUUUAAAGGAAUGGGCAUAUAAAUUAGUCUAAGACUAAGAUCAUAAAUUUGAUCUUGCGUUAUAACUUGCCUUUGUUGAUGAUGCCUUUCAAAUAGCAUAACAAAGCUAAGACAUGCUCAAAUUGAGAUAAGUCGGAGAUCUUGCCUUAUAACAAGGAAGAAUUAAAAUUGCCGCUUAAGCCUUAGAGUAAGCAGAUGAUUUUGGAGGACUCUUAUUAAUUUAUUCUUCCUUAGGGUUGAAGAAUCAACUAUUGCAAUUGGGAGAUAAGGCCUUCCAACAAACGAAAAUGAAUAUUGCAUUCUCUGCUUAUUUCCUAUGUGCCAAUCUAGACAAAUGUCUUGAAGUUCUUAUCAAAAGUAAUAGACUACCUGAAGCUGCCUUCUUUGCUAAAACAUAUUGUCCUUCCAAAAUUAGUCCAAUUGUUAAAUUAUGGAAAGAAUCUUUAGCUAAAACACAUCCAAUCAUAUGUAAAAUCUAUACCAUAAAUAUUAGCAUAAAAAAUUGCAGAUCCUUUUGAUUAUCCUGCUUAAUUUAAUGAUCUUAAAUUAGCCAUCAAGGUUGAAAAAUUCUAUGAAAACAUUAGAAAAUAGGCUAUUCCAGCAGAUCAAUUUAAAUAAGUAUUCAUUUUCUUUACUUUAAUAGUUUUAAGAAUUCUUGAAUCAAGAUCUAUUCACAUAAUUGCAAAAUAACCCUAAUUUGGAUCUUUCACAAAUCACUUAUGGAUCUGUUUGA